CAGGAAGAGGAGGUUCUUCUUCAUCAUCAGCUUCUCUGUUGAACGUCAGUCACAACCAGGCAGCAUGAAGGUCACAGCAGUCAGAGCAGCGUGGGUGUUUCACACGUUGCUGCUGCUCACGGUUCAGAGUCAGAACAGUUUCAACCUGCAGGAAGGAGGUGGAGCUUCUCUCCUCAUUGAUCCAAACAGGCUGCAGUUCUUUGAAUAUGAAUCCAUUUCCUUAAGUUGCGCUGGUUUUGAUGAAGCAGCUGAUUGGAGAGUGAUGAAAACGGACUCCUCAGGUUCUGAUCGAUGGGAAACAUCAACAGGAUCAAUGAUCAUUAAACCUGCCUAUGUUUCACACAGUGGAGAAUAUGUUUGUGAGGAUGAAGGAGGAAACAGGAGCAAAUCUGUCAACAUCAGCAUCACUGCUGCUGACGUGAUCCUGGUGAGUCCUGCUCUGCCUGUGGUGGAGGGAGAAGCUGUGAGUCUGAGCUGCAGGAGGAAAGGAUCCCCCUCCAACCUCCCAGCUGACUUCUACAAAGACGGCAGCCUCAUCAACACUGGACACACAGGCAGCGUAACCAUUCGCAGCAUCUCUGCGUCUGAUGGAGGAUUCUACAAGUGCAGCAUCUCAGGAUCUCAGGGAGAAUCAGCAGAGAGUUGGCUGCAGGUCAAAGGUCAGACCAACUGAAUAUUUUAUAAUAUAUGAAAAAUAUUAAAAUGCAUGAUUAUUUGAAUGUUACACAUUUAGUGUGUAUUUCACCUUAAACAUGUUACAUGACUAAAUGUAAAUGUAGCAGCUUCUUGGAGCUGCAGCAUUUACU